AUGGCUGACGCUGUUCCUACCAAGAAGGAGGUGGUCGUGGUCGUGGGCAACGGCAUGGUGGGCCACCGCUUCCUGGAGCGACUGCGCAAGUACGACACGAGCAAGCGCUACGCCCUCGUCUCUAUCGGGGAGGAGCCCAUCCAGCACUACAACCGCAUGCUGCUGACCGAGUACUUCGAGCAUCUGAGCAUCGACAAGCUCAAGCUGGCCCCGCCCAACUGGUACGCCGAGAACGAGGUCGACCUGCUCACCAACGCUCAAGUGCUUGCCAUCGACACGGCAAACAAGAAGGUGCUGUGUCAACGCCUCGGCGACGAGAACGCAUCGAAGGGAGAGCUACAGUUUGAAGUGCCCUACAACCGCGUAGUGAUCGCUACGGGCGCCAGCGCACUGGUGCCCCGACUCCCCGGCACCAGCUUGCGGGGCGUGUUUGUGUACCGCUCGAUCGCUGACCUCAACAACAUCAUUGCGCACGGCGAGCAGCAAGCCAAACUCGAAGCUGCUGGCGGUCCCAAGAAGUACGCGCUGGUGGUCGGUGGCGGGCUGCUGGGUCUCGAGGCCGCUAAGGCCGUCCACGAUCUGAAGGUGGCCGUACGGGUCAUCAACCGGGGCACUCAGCUCAUGUCACGCCAACUCGACGCUGAUGGCGCAAAGGUUCUCCACAACGAGAUCGUGAACAAGUUCGGCAUCGACGUACUCUACGACAAGUCCACGCAAGAGAUCCUCGGGAGCGAGGAGAACGGCGUCGAGGCAGUGCAGUUCACCAACGGCGAGAGGUUUGAUGAUGUGUGUAUGAUCAUUUUCGCGACGGGAAUCAAGCCGCGCGACGAGCUCGCGCACUCCAGCGGCCUGGAACUGGCUAAGCGAGGGGGCAUCCUCAUCAACGACUACUUGGAGUGCAGUGCGCCGAGUGUGUACGCGCUUGGAGAGUGCAUCUCACACCGCAACUUCACGUACGGCCUUGUUGCCCCCGGCUACGAGAUGGCCGACACUCUGGCCAAGAACUUCACGUGCAGAUCCCCGGAGGACCGUAUCGCAUUCCCCGGUGGUGACGUCUCCACCAAGCUGAAGCUCAUGGGGAUGGAGGUCGGCUCGUUCGGUGACUACUUUCCCGAGUUUAUCAAGGAGCCGUUCGAGGCCCUCACAUACAACAACCCGCUGGAGAAGGUGUACAAAAAGCUCUUCUUUUCAGCUGACGGUAAGAAGCUGCUCGGGGGCAUCCUUGUUGGCGACACAAGCGACUUCGUGCGUCUCUCACUCAUGUACAAGCAGAAAGACACAAAGCCGCUCGAGGACCCGCCGAACGAGAUCCUGCUCGGAAAGCGUGGUGGAGGGGACGGUAACUCGGUGCUUGAUCUCCCGGACGAAGCUCAAGUUUGCUCGUGCAACAACGUGAGCAAGGGAGACAUCUGCAAGGCCAUCAAGGAGAAGAAGCUGACCAAACUUGGCGACGUGAAGAAGGUCUGCAACGUCGGGACCGGCUGCGGCGGCUGCAUCCCCAUGGUGAAGGAUAUCUUGGAGGCUGAACUUGCAGCUGCUGGCACUGCCGUCGACAAGUCUCUCUGUGAACACUUCGCCUACUCACGUCAGGAACUCUACCAGAUCAUUCAGGUCGAGCAAUACUCCACUUUCGCCGAGGUGUUGGCCAAGCAUGGCCGCAAGCAGCACGAUCCUCGAAGCUACGGCUGCGAGAUCUGCAAGCCCACGGUGGCUUCCAUUCUCGCGAGUCUUCAGAAUGGCCACAUCCUCAAAGGGGACCGUGCUCCGCUGCAGGAUUCGAACGACCGCUUCUUGGCGAACUUGCAGAAGUCGGGACAAUUCUCCGUCGUCCCGCGCGUCGCUGGUGGAGAGAUCACACCAGACAAGCUCAUCGUGCUGGGGCAAGUCGCCAAGAAGUUCGAUCUGUACACGAAAAUCACCGGCGGACAGCGCGUGGACCUCUUCGGUGCGCAGAAGCAGGGUCUCCCGGAGAUCUGGCGGAUGCUGGUGGAGGCCGGCUUCGAGUCGGGCCACGCGUACGGCAAGUCCCUACGCACAGUCAAGAGCUGCGUCGGUACGACGUGGUGCCGCUAUGGCCAGCAGGACUCGGUCGGCUUCGCGAUCUUCCUCGAGAACCGGUACCGCGGCAUCCGCUCGCCUCACAAACUCAAGGGAGGCGUCUCCGGCUGCACCCGCGAGUGUGCAGAGGCUCGGGGCAAGGACUUCGGCUGCAUCGCCACGGACACGGGCUACAAUGUGUACGUGGGCGGCAAUGGCGGCACCAACCCUCGUCAUGCCACGCUCCUUGCUUCAGAUGUCCCGCAGGACCUGGCCGUCAAGUACUUGGAUCGCUACAUCAUGUACUACAUCAUGACUGCUGACCGCCUGCAACGCACGUCCAAGUGGCUGGACACUCUUGAGGGCGGCAUUGAGCAGCUCCGGCGUGUUGUGAUGCAGGACUCGCUGGGGAUCUGCGCGACGCUGGAGAAGCAGAUGAGCUACCUCGUGGGCACGUACGAGUGCGAGUGGAAGAAGGUGAUCGAGUCGCCCGAGCUGAUGGCGCAGUUCGCCCAGUUCAAGAACACCAGCGAGACCCAGAAGGAGGUGCAAAUGCACACGGUGCGCGACCAGCGGAUGCCCACGACCUUCGUAGCCAAGGCCAAAAGCGGCAGCAGCAGCCCCACGGGCAUCGAGUCCUCGUCUCCCGCGUCUUCGUCCUCCAUACUGGCCGAUCUGGACGACACGGAGUGGGUCUCGUUCGGCAGCAAGGACCUCUUCGACGCGAACGGCGGCGGCGCCGUGCUCUACGGCGAGUCGCAGCUGGCCAUCUUCAACAUCGUCGAGAGCUGCAACGGCAUCGAGAAGGUCUCGUGGUUCGCCACGCAGAAUAUGUGCCCCUUUGACCACUCGUUCGUGCUGGCGCAGGGCAUCGUGGGGGACCUGGACGGCCGGCCCAAGGUGGCCUGCCCCAUGCACAAGCGCAACUACGACCUGGCCGACGGCUGCUGCCUCAGCGGCGACGACCUGCGGCUGCAGACCUUCGAGGCCAAGGAGGAAGACGGCACCAUCUACGUGCUGCUGCCUCCCACGGACGUGGUGGAUGCCCGCCUGGCGACCUCCAAGUUCGUCGCGCAGGAAGGGGGCAGCCCUGCACCCCCAGAGGUGGCGGCAGCUCCCGUCACGCUGGACUGGUAA